UUCUGACCGCACCUCCUGUGGUACGCCGUGUGCCGCAGCUUCACGCUGGAAUAGAAUUUUGAUUGCCGUCUUUCUGACUCACUGCUGAGCUAGGACAGGGUGGUUAUACACCAGUAGAAGAUGGUGGUUAGGCUGAGAUUGUCAAGGUUCGGGUGCAAGAACAAGCCCUUCUAUAGAGUGAUGGCUGCUGAUAGCAGAUCCCCCAGGGAUGGAAAACAUUUGGAAGUUCUUGGCUAUUACAACCCGUUGCCGGGGCAAGAUGGUGGGAAACGAAUGGGUCUUAAUUUUGAAAGGGUGAAAUAUUGGCUAUCAGUUGGUGCACAGCCAUCGGAUCCAGUUCAGCGUCUUCUUUUUAGAGCGGGCGUGUUGCCGCCUCCGCCAAUGAUGGCCAUGGGACGAAAAGGUGGUCCCCGAGACAACCGUGAGGUGGAUCCUAUGACAGGACGUGUGAAUACAUCUGAGACUUCUAAAAAACAUGAAGAAUCACCUGUCGGUUGAUAGGAGUAGAGAUCA